GAAUUAAGUCCAUUAUUCCCGCCUGCUCUCCCUCGGAGCACUUCAGCGCCGCUCAGCACUCGUGUGUGUAUGCAUGUGUGUGUGUGUUUCUCUGUGUGUGUGUGAUAGACCCUCUCGCAUGUGGAUGUCAAUAAGACUUGUGUAUUUUUGUAAGUGGAUGCUAAGAGUGCCGCCGCCGCCGCCGCCGCCGCUCAUCAGAGAAAGUGACUUUGGAUUGGGGAAUACUCUCACAUCACAGCACGCUGCUUUGGGAAUAUUUUUGGGGACAUAAAGUGGACUUCUGUCUUUCGUUUCGGACAUCCACCACUACUGUUCACAUCAAUCUUCUUUAAGCAAUCACUGGAUAUGUUAAAGGGAAUUAAUGGGACAAAUGAACUCCACAUGAGUUAAGAAGGAUGGGAGAACUCGGUGCCCUCUUUAGACCCUCGUUUUAAACUGGAUUUGCGAGGUUCAGGUGGCUCCCGGUCUAGGAAGUUCUGAGCACUGUGAGAAUUCGUUCCACCGAAGCAAAUGGACAGGUGUGGAUGUGUGACAUUUUCAUCCCGUCUUGGAGGUGAAAGGUGAUCGCUGGAAAGUCCCAUAAAGAAUACCGGCCUGCUUCAACUCAGAUGGACUUCAUCUGAUCCAAACAUCAAAGCCAGCUGACGUGCAACAUUACUGACCUGCAUCAUCAAAGACGAGCAGGAGUGUUCCAGGAUGAUGACCAUGAUGAUGAUGACGGUGGCCUUGAUGGUCACCUGCAGCUCUCUGUUCCUUCUGGGAUUGGCCGCCGCUCAUGCUUCCUCCUCCUCCUCCAGCACUGUCACACGUUCUUCCUCCUCGUCCGCCUCCUCUUCUUCCUCGCCCUCCUCUUCGCCACGUAUGAAGCUCUCCUUCAAAGACUUGCAGCAGUUCCACGGCGUGAGGCGUUUCGAGCUGGAGCGUUCGUGUUGCUUCAGCGCUCUGUUGCUGGAUGAGGAGAGGGGUCGACUGUUUGUCGGAGCCAAGAACUUCCUGCUGUCGCUCUCGCUGGACAACAUUGCAAAACAGGAGCAGAAGAUCUACUGGCCGGCCCCGGUUGAGUGGAGGGAGGAGUGCAACUGGGCUGGCAAAGACAUCACAUCUGACUGCGUUAACUACGUGAAGAUGGUCCACCAUUUCAACCGCACACACUUGUACGCCUGUGGAACUGGGGCUUUCCAUCCUACUUGUGCCUUUGUGGAGGUGGGCCACAGGAUGGAGGAUCACGUCUUCAGGAUCGACCCUUCUAGUGUGGAAGAUGGCAAAGGGAAGAGUCCUUAUGAUCCUCGCCAUAAUGCUGCUUCUGUGCUUAUUGGUGAUGAGCUGUACGCAGGUGUUGCCACAGACUUAAUGGGGCGGGACUUCACCAUCUUUAGAAGCUUGGGCAAACGUCCUUCCAUCCGCACGGAGCAACACGAUUCACGCUGGCUUAAUGAGCCAAAGUUUGUUGGUUCCUUUUGGGUCCCAGAGAGUGAAAACCCAGACGACGAUAAAGUGUUUUUCUUCUUUCGGGAGACAGCAGUGGAGGCCCAAGGACUGGGAAAGUCCACAUAUUCACGCAUCGGGCAACUCUGCAGGAACGACAUGGGCGGUCAACGAAGUUUGGUGAACAAGUGGACCACCUUUCUCAAAACACGUCUGAUCUGCUCGGUGCCGGGGGCCGACGGAAGCGACACUUACUUUGACGAGCUACGCGACGUAUUCCUGCUGCAGACCAGGGACAGAAAAAAUCCUCUGGUCUACACAGUCUUCUCCACUUCCAGCAGUGUAUUUAAAGGCUCAGCGGUGUGUCUUUACUCCAUGAAUGACAUCCGGAGGGCCUUCCUGGGGCCGUUUGCUCACAAAGAGGGGCCCAACUACCAGUGGGUCCCCUUCCAGGGAAAAGUGCCUUAUCCACGCCCUGGAAUGUGUCCCAGCAAGACUUUUGGCAGCUUUGAUUCCACCAAGGGUUUCCCGGAUGAUGUGAUACAGUUCGCGCGUCACCACCCUCUUAUGCACAACCCGGUCUACCCCAUGACCAGGCGGCCCGUCUUUGUCAGAACCAACGUGGACUACAGCUUCACACAGAUCACUGUGGACAGAGUCAACGCUGCUGAUGGGCAGUAUGAUGUCAUGUUUAUUGGAACAGACAAAGGGACGGUACUGAAGGUGAUCAAUGUUCCUAAGGAGAGUUGGAAGAACAUGGAGGAGCUUCUGCUGGAAGAGCUAGAGGUUUUCAAAGAUGCAUCGUCGAUCACCGACAUGCAGAUCUCUUCAAAACGGCAACAACUUUACGUGGGCUCCAGCACCGGCAUCGCCCAGGUGCCCCUACACCGCUGUAGCGUGUACGGGAAGGCGUGUGCCGAGUGCUGCCUGGCCAGAGACCCUUACUGCGCAUGGGAUGGCACAUCCUGCACUCGCUAUCUGCCCAACACUAAGAGGCGAUUCCGUCGCCAGGAUGUAAGGAAUGGAGAUCCCAACACUCUGUGCUCUGGAGACCACCACAAGCACCACGUCGCUGAAAAGAAGCUAUACGGAGUAGAAGGAAGCAGCACGUUCUUGGAGUGCAUUCCCAAAUCCCUUCAGGCCCGAGUCACCUGGACCUUCCAGAAGCAACGAGAGAAGCCACGAGAAGAGGUGCGUCUGGACGACCGUAUCCUGCAGACGGACAGAGGCCUUCUGAUUCGGCGGGUGCUAAGGAGGGACAUGGGUGUAUACCAGUGCCAUGCCAUGGAACACGGCUUCACCCAAACCCUGCUGGGUAUUACUUUAGACGUCAUCCAGUCCACCUCCUCCAACCUGCCCUCCACGGCCCCUUCCAGAGCGGAGCCCCGCAGCUCAGGAGGGUCCCCAUCGGCCAACCCCAAGCUUUGGUAUCGGGACUUCAUGCAGCUGGUGGACCAUCCCAACCUGAGCACCGUGGACCAGAUUUGCGAGCAAGUCUGGGCCCGCCGGAAUCCCGCCGGUGAACAAGCGGAGAGGAAAGUCGCUGCUCUGGGGAAGGACACGGAAACCCCUGGCCCCUCUGUCCGGCCCUCUAACAAGAAGUGGAAGCACCUUCAGGAGUUGAGGAAGGGGAGGAACCGCCGGACCCAUGACGGAAAACCAAACCCUCGGGCGCCGCGGAGUGCUGGGGAGUAAUGGCAAAGGAUCUAAGAGGACUCAUUCAGGGAGAAUGACAAAACUCUUGGAGGUGUUUCCACACGCAAACACACUCAACGCACCUCCACUAUUGUGUAUAUUUAUCUACGGACUUCCUUGCAUGUUCUGUCCCAUGUUCUUCCUGCACGAUCCCAUCACCAUGUCAUUGUAGUUGAGUGUACGAGCAGGUACUGUAUGUUAAAAAAAGACAUGCCCCCAUGUGUUUGAUCAAUAAACAGACACUCGUCUCUCCUAAGAGCAGACCACAUCGUUGGUCUAAUGUGACAUGUUCUUUACAAUAUGUAGACGAUAGUGUGAACUCUGCCACAAAAGGUUCCUGGAUCAACUUCUCCCCUAAAGACUGGAGAACAAGUGGUGCAGGUCAUGACUGUCAAUAAUGAGACAACUGGAAUAUACAACUGGAAACAUGCACACACACACAAGCAUGCAGAAAGAUGGACUACUUAAAGUGAUGUAUUUACAAGUCUUUCAGCAUUUUCUUCAUUUUUUUUUUUGUUUUGGUUUCGUCAUACUACAUUAUGUAGAGAAGCCAGCAGGGGACAGACUGAGAACUUUCUUCUGGCACAUUGAGGCACGUAGCAGUCAAAAUGAAAUACAGAUACAAUGCAGAGAUGUUUAGAGAGUUGUGACCUGUGACUGGUUAAUAUUGUGUUACAAGAUGAAACCACUACAGGGUGAGGAGUAAAAAAAACAACUACUGGUUAUUCAAUGAAAAGGAGGUGUUUAGUGUAGUGUAGUGUAGUGUAGUGCAAAAAGCACAAAAAGGCUUCUAGUAUUAGGGCCAUGCUGAAAAUAAAAUAAUGUAAAAGUACGAGAAAUGUGUUGAAAGUUAACAAGUAACAAGUUGUAAUAUUACGAGGAAAAAACUGAAAUGUCACAAAAAUAUUGUAAUAUUCUGAGGGAAAAAAAUUGCAUUACGAAUAAAGUUGUUUUUUUUUUAGUUUUUCAACUAAAAUCCUAAACCUAGCGGAAACCUUAAUCCCAUUCAUAAUCUAACAGUGCCCCCUAACCAUAUCCACAACGCUAACCCCAACCUAAAUCAUAACCCUAACCUCACCCAUAGCCAAAAACAGAACAGUACUUGUUAUGAGAGUAAAGUUAUGAAAUAUUUAGAGAAAAAUUAAAAUCUUACAAGAGUAAAGUGUUUUUUCUGGUACAACAUUUUUGUCGUUAGUUUUAUUCGAGCAAUUUGAUGACUAUAUUCUCAAUUUUUUUUCUUUUCAGCAUGGCCCUUCUCAGCCUUUGCAAGCCUCUGAUUCUAUACUAUAUGAACACAAAUAUAGGGAACCUCACUCGAAAUUCAUUGUAAUUAUAUAGCAUUUUUUCCAAAUGGAAAAUGAUACAUCAGAUGACAACUCGCGGUACUAGGCUAUAGUACAUUAGCUACAAUAACUUUAUUAUUAUUAUUAUUAUAUUUAUGAGUGACUAUGAUUUUAUUUUAAUUUGUAUUCUAAAGCGGUACUUCAUGCUCAUGUUCUGAUGUUGUUGCAUAUGUUGUUUGUGAUUAAUAAAAAA